UAUAUUUUAUUCAAAAAUUGUCAUGCCGCUUUCUUAUAAUGAACACGUUAGUAUUAAGUUAUAUUUUUUUAAUAACCAUUUUUUGGGUAGUUUACUGUGAAGAGCAAUAUUGUCCUAUUGAUAAUCCGGAAGAUUGUAUUGAAAAAAAAGAGGAUAAUAUUUAUAAGAAAGAUUUAAAUAAGCAAUAUAUUAAGUACUAUAAUGCAAUUGAAGAAGCACAAAAGAAUUACAAAAUUUGUAAUAAUACUAACAAUGGCUGUUAUAAAGAUAUUAUUAUAAAUGAUUUAAAACCUUUCAAGAAGAAAGGUAUAAGUAAGGAUUUAAUAAAUAUUGCAAAAACCAGAGGAACUGUUUAUCAAAUAAUACAAGGAAAAUUGUAUAGGCAAAAGGAUUGUAUGUUUCCUUCAAGAUGUUCUGGAAUAGAACAUUUUCUUUUAAAACUUGCUCCUGGAUUAACAGAUAUGGAUUUAGUUAUAAAUGUAAGAGAUUAUCCCCAAUCAAGUAAACAUUUUGGAGGUCCAUUACCUAUUUUUUCGUUUAGUAAGACUCCAGAAUACUAUGAUAUCACAUAUCCAGCAUGGGCAUUUUGGGAAGGUGGACCUGCAAUUUCUUUGUAUCCCCGUGGUCUUGGAAGAUGGGAUGAACAUCGUGUAUCUUUAGAUAAAGCUAGUAAAAACACAUUGUGGGAGGAGAAAGAAAAUAAAGCAUUCUUUCGGGGUUCCAGAACAAGUUCAGAACGUGAUAAUUUAAUAUUAUUAAGUCGCAAGAAACCAAACUUAGUAGAUGCUCAAUAUACAAAAAAUCAAGCAUGGAAAUCUAAUGAAGAUACAUUAUAUGCACCUCCUGCUUCUGAAGCUUCUCUGGAAGCUCAUUGUAAAUACAAGUACUUAUUCAAUUAUCGAGGUGUUGCAGCAUCAUUUAGACAUAAACAUUUAUUUUUAUGUCGGUCCUUAGUAUUUCAUGUUGGAGAUGAGUGGACUGAAUUUUAUUAUAAUGCAAUGAUACCUUGGAUACACUAUAUCCCUGUUUCCAAGGAUGCUAAUCAAACAGUAUUAGAAGAAUUAAUACAGUUUGCAAUAGAUAAUGACGAAACGUCAAAAAAGAUUGCAGAUCGCGGAAGAGAUUUUAUAUGGAAUAAUUUAAAGUUAUCUGAUGUCACACAAUCUUGGAAAAACCUUCUUAAGAAAUAUUCAAAACUUUUAACAUAUAAAACUACCUUAGAUAAAAGCUUAAUUAAAGUGGAAGGGAAGGAAAGGUCUUAAUAAAAUUUUGUUUAAUAUAGACUACUUUAUAUAUUUUUUUAUUAAAAUUUCUAUUCUUUGAUGUAAAGUAUUAACUAAUAAAAAUAAUUUGGUAAUGAUCAGAUAUUUUAUUAACUUUUUAAAAUAAGCGUUAGUUAAAACAAACGUAUGUUUUCUUUAUUGAUACUGUACAAUGUCAGGACAUAGCACAAUGUGGCAAGUUUCAAUAUGAAUCAUUUUGGUGUCCUGACAAAACAUCCAAUACGAACAAAGGCCUUGUACAUUAUAUUGCAUCAAAUGUACGUUUUAUUUGUGUAUUAAAUAUAUUAAACAUUUAAAUGUUU